ACCUCAAGGUGCUAAUAAAUAAACAACAUUCUCGCAAUACUACUGAAACACGUAUGUGGAUUUGUUGCGUUGCUGUCGAAGAGAAAAUUCGCGCGAAUCUACGGUGAUGACGCGAGUGUCAUGUAAUAGUAAGGUUAUGCACUUGUCGGUUUCUUGACGAGCUUAAUUUGCGUGUGCAAUUAUUUUUUUUUGGAGAGAAUAGUGUGCAUACAAGUGAGCGACAAUGGUGUUCGAAUCGAUUGUCGCUGAACUCCUUAAUAAGGUCCUUGGCGAGUACAUCCAGAAUCUCGAUUAUAAGCAACUUAAACUCAGCUUGUGGGGAGGAGAUGUAGUCCUCAAGGAUUUGCUUAUUAAGGAGAGCGCGCUGGAUAUGCUGGAUUUGCCGAUAAAACUUGAAUAUGGAAGAUUAGGUAAAUUGAUCCUUAAAAUUCCAUUCAAGGACAUGUGGAAUGGCCAAAUCGAUGCAAUAGUCGAGGAUUUAUUUAUCCUGAUAGUGCCGACAAGCCAAUCGAAGUAUGACCCGGAAAAAGAGGAGAAGGCGCAACUAGAGGCAAAACGCGCCGAAAUCGCUAGGGUGGAGAAGAGCAAACAGCUGGCUGAUUUGAAAAAUCAAGAAAAAGUGGAUGACUCGAUGAUGGAGAAACUGUUAGCUCGUAUGAUAAAAAACAUUCACGUCGAGAUCAAUCGCAUCCAUGUGCGUUAUGAAGAUCAUGUCACCUUCAAAGAGCAUCCGUUUUCCGUUGGUUUAACCCUCAAUCGUUUCGCCCUUGAGAGUUGCGAUCGUUUGUGGUCAACCCAUGGUAAUCUCAAGGAUAUGUAUGCUAUUCAACAAAUUUUCAAGUUGUGCACAAUGGAUGGGUUUGCUGUUUAUCUGAAUCCAUCGCCGAAGCAAUUCAGCACAGAGCCACAGUCCAAGUACCUGCAGAUAUUCUCUGAGAGUAUUGCUACUGCUGAUCAUAUUCCCGAAGAUUAUCAAUAUCUAUUGGGUCCAAUAAAUGUCAAAGCUAAAUUGAAACUAAAUCCAAAGCCAGAAACAGACGGCAGCAAUUACACGAUACCAAAAGUGUUCUUGGACCUCGAAAUGCAAAAGUUGAGAAUAGGUCUGACGAAAAAACAAUACCAAACUCUCAUGCAGAUGGGUGAAGGUUUAGAGCGGGCGAAAAAUGCUGCGCCUUACAGGAAAUACAGGCCUGAUUUGCUAUCGUAUCGAGGUCAUUACAAAGAAUGGUGGCACUUUGCAUAUAAAUGUAUAUUAGAAGAGCACAUAAUAAGAGCCAGAAAAAAUUGGGAUUGGGCGCACAUGAAAGAUCACAGAGAUACCUGUAGGAGUUAUGCGCAAUGCUAUCAGACGAAACUUACAACAAAAAAUCUGCCAUCUGACAUCGAGGAACAGUUAACAGAGCAUGAAAAGAAAUUAGACCUUUUCAAUCUCGUAAGGAUUAGGCAACAAAUCGAGAUGGAGGUUGAAAGAUUAGCGGAAAAAGAAAAAAAUUUAAAAGCUAAAAGAGGUUGGUUUGGAUGGGUAUGGGGUACACCAAAGGAAGAAGAAGUUCAAGAGCUUAAUACUGCUGCUGCGAUAAUGAGAAAAUUCGAGGAAGAAAUGACACCAGCAGAAAAAGAAAAAUUGUAUAGAGCAAUAGAUUACCAAGAGAACAGUGCUCCAGCGCAUUAUCCGGAAACGUAUGAGGAGAUUGAUACGAUGUUCUUCCUACAUGGUCUUCAGAUUCUUUUAUUAGAUACGGAUAAGAGCAAUUCUCAGGUUCUUGAUUUACAAUUGAACGGCGUGAAAGCUGGUUUCAAGUCACGACCAUCUGCAAAUGCUAUUCUAGUAACUACUUCGAUAAAAGAUUUGAAAUUACUUGGAGUAAAGCAAGGACAUAGAGUGCCUUCACUGUUCAACUCAAAUCCAGACGCAAGUUCUGAACAUCAAUUAUUUUCAGUUUCAUACGAGAAAAAUCCACUUGAUAAACUCUGCGGCGACAGAGUUAUCGUAAAAUCUAGUUCGGUACAUAUGGUUUAUGAUGCUCAAACGAUUAUUGAGUUGAUUAAGCUAUUCAAAGUACAGAAUGCAUCGACUUUAUCACAGUUGCAGGCUGCUGCAGCGGAACAAUUAGUCAACUUGAAAGAAGUAUCAGCUCUAGGUUUAGAAUAUGCCAUCCAAAAACACGCUGCAUUAGACAUUCAAGUCGAUUUAAAAGCAUCGCAGCUUAUAGUACCUCACGGUGGAUUGUAUAGUGGCAAUGAGUCUUUAUUCGUGAUUAAUCUUGGUAGUUUUAAAAUGCAAUCGAUGGAGAAAUUUAAAGAAGAUUCUAGUUUGAGCGUUAAGCAGUUAAUCACUAUGGGAAAAACUGAAGAGGACAUUUUGAAUCACCUGCGAGAACACAGUUACGACAAAUUCGUGUUAAAAAUUGUUAAUUUCCAAGCUUUGAUAUCGAUGCCAAAUGAAGAUUGGCGUGAUGCGCUAACAAAUACCAUCAGCCCUAUCAAAGUUUUACAGCCCACAACACUUGAAAUACAGUUCCAUAAAUGCCUCGUCACCGACGAUCCUUUGCUUCCGAAGACAAGACUCAUAGGUAAUUUACCGUCAGUGGCAAUCAACAUCACAGAAAAUCGGCUUUUCGAAGGUCUGGCAAUUGCUCAAAGUAUACCCAUUCCCGAAGUAGAAGAACCAACAGAAUCAUUACGUGUCUCAAUGUCGAAGUCAUUAUCUCAAAUGUCACUAUUCAAAGAAAUAACAAACAUACCUUCCAAAAUGGAAAAAAUGCAAGAAACGCCUUCACCUUUAAGUUCAAUGAAGCAAAUGAUUGAUUUGGAAGCGAAAUUCGUCAUGAAAGAAUUCACACUGACAGUGUCGAAGCAAGAAGACGAAUCAAAAGUAUCGCCGUUUAUUAGAUUUGAAUUACUUCAAUUAGAAGCAGAGUUGAUGCAAUUAACCUUUAAUCAAGAAGUUAUGCUGCGAUUAGGAGGUGUCCAAGUGAAGCAGCAUCACCACACUGGAGAGAUCUUUAUGAUCAAUACACCCAUGUCUUCUGGAAAAGAAGAAUACCUGAUUGUUGUUAAAUUUAUUAAUAUGAACAAGCAUUCGCCUAAGUUUUCGAGAUCGGGUUCAGUAGUCAAUUUACUGCAACUGGAAUUCACAACACUCGAUAUGCUUUUACACCAAGAAGCUCUUAUAAAUGUGCUUCACUUUCUAUCCAAUAUUCAAGAUAAAAUCAGUGCCGCUACAACUGUUAAGGAAAGAAAAUCCGAACGAAAAGUAGAUAGAGUUGGUGGUUUAACGACUAUUCAGGAAGACACAUCGACGUUUAUCAAAGAACAAUUCCAGAAACAAAGAAAAUCUCGUCGGAAGCAGGCGCAAGUGGAAAUCAUUGACUUGAAAGUCACAGCAAAAAUUGGCACAAUUAGUCUCAAAAUGGCUAAUGACUUCAGAGAGAUUAGUGCUUUUAAUAUUGAAGGAAUCACUGCUAAUUAUAUUAUGAAAGCUUCUCACUCGAUUGCUAAUGUUCAACUUAGUUCUGUGAACGUUAAAGAUCUCAAUACAAUGUCUAUAUAUAGAAACAUUGUAUCAGUUGAAGGUUCAGAAUCUCUGCAAAUUGACGUGAUAAUAAACAAUGUAGAGCCUGACGACGUAGACAAUAACAUGUCGAUAGCCGUAACGAUGGGUUGCCAUCGUAUUGUCUUCCUCAAUGCUUUCGUCACAUCAGUCAUGAAUUUUCUGAAUAACUUUCAAGCCGCUCAACAAGCGAUUGCUGAAGCAUCAGCUGCAGCAGCCGAAGCAGCUAAAACUAACAUCAAAGAUGUUCACGAAAGAGCAGCUCGAAUCGAACUGUCAGUGAAAUUGAAAGCCCCGGUGAUUUAUGUGCCGUUGAACUCCAAAAGUGAAUAUUGCCUUAUGUUAGACAUGGGCAAUCUAACUAUAAGUAAUGAAUUGAGCAGGCUGAAUGUGAAUACUGAGUCUGGAGAGAGUCCUAUUAUCGACAAAAUGAACGUUGAGUUGCAAAAUUUGAAACUUUCUCGAUUAAGAUUGAAUAAACAAAACUUUGUUGCUGAUAAUGAAGUACGACUACUGCAGCCAGUCAGUUUCAUUCUAGAAAUAAAGCGCAAUCUAUCGACAUCAUGGUUCCGAGAAGUUCCCGAUAUCGAGAUGUCAGGCCGUCUCAAGAGUAUUAAUGUACUGCUAAACCAAGAAGAUUAUGCGAUGAUAAUGGCUACGUUGAGUGAAAAUCUCGGCGAAACUGUCGAAGACAAAGCAUCGAUAACUCAUGUACCUAGAAUUGAAAGAAAACAGACUCUGACUGAAGAGUCUGUUAGACCUACCACCUUUAAAGCCGAUGUAGAGGUGAUUAAAGAACGUGAAAGUGAUUUACAAGAACAACGCAGCGUACAAACAACCAUUAAAUUCGAAUUUAUUAUGGACAGCCUGGUAAUUGAGCUAUUUACCGGUGGUUCGAAAAUGUUACAAUCACAAAAUUCACCGCUUCAUUUACCAGAAAAUAGUCUUGGCAGAUUUGGACUGACAUAUUUAGCAGUAAAAGGGCGUAUGUUCGCUGACGGAUUGCUUGCGACAUCAAUUUUAUUAAUGAAUUGUACGUUGGAUGACACUAGAAAGAUAAGGCAAGGAUCGUUGAUAAGAAUUAUGGAAAGGACGUCAGAAGUGCCUGUGAUAGAAAAUCUUAUAGAAAAUGAUGCUAAACCGAUUAGAAGUAUGUUGGAUGUGACUGUUAGGAAAGGACUUAAUGAUAUGUUUGUGGACGUUCGUGUCUUCUCCUUUAGCAUAAUAGUCUCCUUAGAUUAUCUUAUGAAGAUCAAGGACUUCUUCAAUGCUGGACAACCACUACCAUCUCAGCAAUUAGCUUCACAAUCCUCACAGAAAUCACAAUUUGAUACUAAUACCAAGAAGAAAGUUGCUCAGCCACCACCUCCGGUGAAUGAUACUAAGAUGACGAUUAAUUUGCAUAUUGAGAAGCCAGAUAUAAUUCUGCUUGAAGAUAUGGAUGAUAUUGAUUCUAAUUGCAUUGUUUUGAAUACGGAAAUGUUUUUGAAAGUAAGAAUAAUGGGUGAUCAUCAAGUCAUCAAUGGGUCAAUCAAAGAUCUUUCUAUUCUCGCUGGUAUAUAUAAUCCUGCGAAGAGAUCCGAUUGGAUUUAUCAAGUACUUCGGCCAACUAGUAUAAGCAUAGCUGGUUCAACUCCAGAAGACAAAGGUUUGCAUAUUGACGUUCAAAGUACAGACAUACACUUAUCAGUCUCGCCAGGUGUCAUUGAAAUUCUCAAUCGAGUCGUACAAACGAUAACGAAGAAAGACGAAGAAGGUACAGAAGUUAAGAAGCCUGAGCCUAACCACGAAGGUUUGUGGGUUAUCACACCUUUCACAGAACCUGACUAUUGGUUUUUAAAAACAGAAGUAGCAGUAGAAGCGUUGGAGGAUCUCCAACUGUCUGAUGAUGAAGAAGUCACUAACAUAGUUUAUAAACCCGAGCUUGCAAUUGUAUCAGCGCCCACGAUCUUGCUUACUCUUGAAGCUGGUGUUGGCAACAAAACUUUGCCUAUGCUUCUUCUCCACCUUGGUUUUCAAAGUAAUAUUCACGAUUGGAGUACCAGCACGAUGAGCAUCGACUCUACAAUGUCAGUCGUUAUGGCUUACUACAAUAGUCGAUUAGCUCUAUGGGAACCACUGAUAGAACCUAUGGAGGCUAUUCAAAAUGGAAAACGCACUUCAAGACCGUGGGAACUAAAUGCCAAAAUGCAAUUCAAUGAUAUCAGCAUUGAUCCAGCAGUAAAUGCUUUCAGUCCAGUAGCUGAUGUUGAAUCAGAUGAGUUACAGCAAAAAUCAAAAAUGUCUAUUGACAUUACAUCUUCAGAAAAUCUUGAAAUAACAGUCACCAAAACUUGCCUGGAAGUGCUGAAGCAACUUGGCAAUGCUUUUUCAAAUGCCAUGGUAGCUGGAAAUAAAACAUCUACGACAACCCUUGCACCUUACAUAUUGAAAAAUGAAACUGGCCUCCCUAUCACUUUAGACUUGGAACAGAGUAAUUUCAAAGUUGCCGAAAGUGAAAAUACUGUGCAAAGAUCUAGCGCUUACGCAGAAGUUAUAUUGAAUUCUGGGGCUUCCAUAGAAUUGGCUUCGAAAAUCAAAACUGAAAUUCACCUUUUGCAACAAUUGAAAGCCGAUACAGUGAAAGAGCAAGGCUUAAAUAAAUUUGUCAUCGCGUUCAAGGAUAUCAACAGUAGAUUAGAAAUCCCUGUUUUAAGAGCUGAUAAACGAUUUUAUUCUCUGAAAUAUCGAAAAGAAGGAUCUGAAGAAUGGGGCAUCAUUUCUGAUGUUAUCGUCGAGGAUGGUAGCACUAUUGUAACACUACGCAGUAUAUUACAAGUUCACAAUCACUUCUCCGAACCAGUGUCCGUGUACUACAUGACCAAACGCGGCAACGAAGUUGAAAAACUCGGAACCGUUCAGCCAGAUAAAAAAUUCAAUCUACCUCUCGAUGCUGUGUACACUACAACGAAUAUUUAUUGGUUGUUCUUCAGUAUCGAAGGCUAUAUGGUCUCCGUUGAUCCAUUCAUCUGGAAAGACCUACAAAAAACUGUGUCAAUGACCAAAGUCCUCAAAUGCGAAUCUCGCAACAAGAUGGAAGUCGUAGACCCAUUCUAUAUCCAAACUCUACGCGCGCUCUUCGUGGUCGCGAUAAGCGUUGUUGUUAGCGGGAUAACUCCGAUCGAUUUGCCCAGGCUGAACUUCAUGUCCAAACAACAUCGCGUUCAAGCCCCACCAACUUCUUAUCCUGUUCAGGCCGUCGGUGAAAUGGAGCAAAUUUAUUUUGAAAAUACUUCUCGACAUACCAUGGCCAGUACUAUUUACAAUGUGCAUCUCUAUCCUUCGAUUUAUCUAAAGAACUUCCUACCAAUUGAUAUUGCUAUUAUUCUACCUGGUAAUGUAGAAGAAAAGAAAGUCGAAGCUGGUGCUACUCUGCAAAUUCCAACCAUCGAUCCUAACAAUUCCAACAUUGUUAUUAAGUUGCCGCAAUAUCUUGAAAAAGAUUGGUCGUGCAGAAUAGAGAUAAAAAAAGAUCCACCAGAGUUUUCAGUCUGGUCAUUCGAGUCAUUUGACAGCGCACAAAAAGUUAUAAUGGAUCUUGGCAUGCAUAUUUCAACCAAGCAUGGAUCGAUCGUCAUGGCCCUUUAUUGCCCAUUCUGGAUGCUUAAUAAGACUGGUCUUAUGCUAUCUUACAGAAAAUCAAGUAAAGGUGGCAAAGAGCACUCGAGCCCUGUCAAGUGUUGUGACUUGAAUUGCUGUGGACAUCAGCGUAAUCAACGACCAAGGACAAAGAGCGGAGAAAGUCAUCUGAACGUGUUAUACCAUCCAGAAACAUUCAAAGGGCCUAUUCUCUUUUCAUUCAAAUCGAAAGCAUUCUUUGGUAAAAAAAAGGCAAUGGUGCGAAUUGAAGAUGGCGAAUGGUCGGAUAAAUUCUCCAUCGACGUUGCUGGUAGUAAAGGUGUUGUCAGUUGCAAGUACAAUGGAAAAAUUUAUCAAAUUGGAGUGCAUAAUCAAUUGACCUAUAACUCACUGACCAAACAGAUUACCUUCACGCCUUACUAUGUGUUAAUUAACGAUGCUGACUUUUUGAUCGAGUGUCAAGAAGCUAAUCGUCCUGCUGAUCCUGUCAUCAAGGUACCACCACAAGAGUGCGCAGCAUUCUGGCCAAAUUCCGAGCAGGAAGUGAAAACUUUACAAGCCAAAGUAGCUUCUCACCCGGAAAAAACAGCCGCAUUCAUCUACACGGACGUGCACACGACUUUAUUAAAACUGGACAAUAAAUACGGUGGUAUCAACGUUGACGUACAAAUCAACGAAGGAGGUGUUUACAUUUCUCUCUCGGGCUACACACAUGGAAAUGCUCCAGCAUUGAUUGUUAAUCAUACAUCUUACCCGAUGAACCUAUGGGAGAAAGGCUCGAUAAAUAUUAGAACGAUACAACAGUAUAACCGAAUGUUUUACACUUGGGAAAAACCAGCUGGAUCAAAAAUACUCGUUUGGGAGGAUGGUACGAAAAAGGAAAUCGAGGAUAAUUUGAGAAAGGAUACAUUGGGUUACUUCCAUCAUCCUGACAUUCCCGACAUGAAAAUCUUCUACGUGUCUUUCCUAGAUGGUAUCCAGCGCGUUCUUCUCUUUACAAAGAGUUCGAAGAUUGCAGAGGAUUGUCAGCUUUUAGGCAGUCUUGAGGUUAUCGAUCAAGACGUCACUAUGAAAAUACACGGUCUUGGUUUGUCUCUCGUCAACAAUAUCAACAAAACUGAGUUAUUGUACAUGUGUAUUGCUAGUUCAGGAAUUAUUUGGGAAGGUAAAAAGUUACCAACUGGAAGGUGGAAGGCACUGAGUGAUAGGGAAGUGUUUUUAAUUGAACAGGGAUAUCAGAAAUAUAUGAUGGAGUUACAUGUUGAUAAAGAAACUGCUUACCGUGUGGCUCUGGAACCGAAAUUUGAAGUUGAUUUCCUCAACUUAAUGAUGCUCAGACCGCAUAAACGAUACUUGAGGCGAACAUUCCAGACUGGUCUUUGGUUUCAGUAUCGAACAUCGGCUCAUCAAGUACAAUUGCAUGCGAAAAUCAACAAACUACAAAUUGACAAUCAACUACCGGACUGUAUCUUCCCUGUUAUCCUGGCACCUGUUCCACCACCUAAAAGCGUGUCUCAAAGUUCAGUAAUGAAGCCAUUUGCUGAAAUGAGUAUAGUCAAACGAUUAUUGGCGCACAGUAAUGUCCAACAAUUUCGAUACUUCAAAGUUCUGAUUCAAGAGUUCCAUGUAAAAGUAGACUUGGCUUUCGCAAACGCCUUGAUGCUUCUGUUUGAAGACGCCGAAGCGAAUGAGGCGCAACAGAGAGAAUUAUUCAAAACUGACAUGAAACUAGUCGAUGAGCCGUUACUUCAUCAUGUCAAUUUGAUAACCACUGCCCAGCAAAAGAAUUUCUUUGAUUUACUACAUUUCUCACCGCUCAAGAUUCAUAUCAGUUUCUCUAUGACUGGUACCGGAGGCGGACCUUCAGCAGUUCCCCAAGUGCUCAACGUUGUGCUUCAGGGCAUUGGCGUUACCCUUACAGAUAUCAAUGACAUCGUAUUCAAAUUGGCCUACUUUGAAAGAGAUUAUGUAUUCAUGACAAACAACCAAGUUAUUUCCGAAGCAACGAGUCACUAUACAGGCCAAGCGAUCAAGCAACUCUACGUUCUUGUACUUGGUCUCGACGUAAUUGGCAAUCCGUAUGGACUAGUCGUAGGUGCAAUGAAAGGUGUUGAGGACUUAUUCUACGAGCCUUUUCAGGGUGCCAUUCAAGGGCCUGGUGAGUUCGCCGAGGGUUUACUAUUAGGAAUGAGGAGUAUGCUGGGACAUACAGUAGGUGGAAUGGCUGGCGCUGUAUCGAAGAUUACGGGCGCAAUGGGUAAAGGACUUGCAGCUCUAACAUUUGAUAAAGAUUAUCAACGAAAAAGACAGGAACAACUGAAUAAGCAACCUGCAAAUUUGCAAGAAGGCCUCGCUAGAAGCGGAAAGAGUUUGAUUUCGGGUGUUUUUGAUGGCGUUACCGGUGUCGUGACGAAACCAAUUUCCGGAGCUAAAGAGGAAGGAGUAGAAGGUUUCUUCAAAGGUUUUGGAAAGGGUGUUGUUGGACUUGUUACGAGACCUACAUCUGGUAUUGUUGAUUUUGCUAGUGGAUCUUUCGGGGCAGUGAGAAGAGCAACGGAUUUAAACGAAGAAACUAAGAGAGUUCGACCGCCAAGAUUUUUACAGCCUGACAGUUUAGUACGUCCAUAUGUUCGAGAUGAUGCUGAGGGUAAUAAAAUUCUAGGUGAACUCGAAAAAGGAAAAUAUGCUAACACAGAUAUGUAUUACUUUCACAUGAAUAUGGGCAAAGAUGUUUUAUUGCUAACUGAUAAAAGAAUAGCGUACUUAGAAAAGUGUGACUUGUUUGGUGGUUGGAAGGUUGAUUGGUCGUACACGUGGCAAGAAAUUGAUCCACCGCCAGUUAUGGUCGACAAAGGUAUCCAAAUUUCUCUAAAAGAUGGUCAGAGAAGGAAGAAGCUUGGAGGAUUGUUUGGAAAUUCGGAUUCGGUAAAAGUACUUCUCAUACCAGAUUUACUAACGAAACAGCUGUUAUGCUCAAAAAUCCAUGAUCAACUACGACAAUAUAAAGCCUAAAGUAGUUAAACCAAUAGAUGAAAAUAUAAGAAAAAUUAUUUAAAGCGAUAUCCGUUUCUUUUGAAACGACUUCGCCGAAAAACUGGUUGUUUCCAAUCACAAGAGCACAAAGAUUUAUGGAAUGAAGACUGCUGUAACGCUUAUCGUAUGAACUAAUGGGCUUCAUGAUGUUCUUCUCUACCUCGAAGAAGUUAAAAAAAGUGGUUCAAGUUUCACAUGAAGCAAUAAUAAUUGUUCACGUUUUUGUACAAAUUCCAGAUCAUAAUUAUUUUAAAGUUGACAUUUAAUUUCAUUUGGUCUGUUUUUUGUUACUUUGUGUUUUUGUUAUUAAAAAAAAAAAGGGUAUUGUCAAACUCUGUGAUUUGAAAGAUAAAAUAACCUAUAUUUAUUUUUUACUCUGUAUAUGUUUAAAAUAUUUACCAUGAAGAAUUUUACCUUAUUUUUUGUUUUCAUCUAUAAACCAACAUAAAUAAUUUACAAUUCAUAUGUAACACUAAAAUAUAUAUUGUGCAGCGCACUGCUUUAAUAAUGUUUACGAAUUAAAUGCGUAUUCGUGACAUUUUAACAACUGAGCAAUUAGCUCAGGCUUCAAGUCUAAACUACAAAGUAAUAAAUAAGUUCUUUUUACAAAAACAUUACUGAAUAUCGAAUCAAUUUAUUAAUUUCUAAAAAUAAUAAGUUUAUAUUAUACAAUCAUGAAAAAAAUGUUUCAUUCUUGUGAGAGUGUUUUGAUAUUCAUUUUGCUAUUUUAUAAGAUUUUAUGAAAAUAAAAUAGAGCAUUUUAUAAGAGCUUAAAGAGCUGUUUAUUUAUGAACUGCAAAAUGUUGUUUGAAGAAAAAAGGUUUUAUGAGCGUUAAACGCUUGAAUAGUUAUAAUCUGAAGCUAUAAUAAAACAAAAUUAAAAAAAAUCAUAUAUAUAUAUAAGGCGAUAUUUUUCAUCAACGU